AGGAAACUACAAUGCAUUGGUGUUCUUCCUGAAAACACCAUCCUGGCCACCAUGGAUGUAGAAGCACUUUACACCAAUAUUCCACAUGAGGAUGGACUACAAGCUGUCAGGAACAGUAUCCCUGAUGAGGCCACAGCAAGCCUGGUGGCUGAGCUUUGUGGCUUUGUCCUCACCCACAACCACUUCAGAUUUGGGGACAACUUAUACCUUCAAGUCAGUGGCACUGCUAUGGGUACCCGUAUGGCCCCACAGUAUGCCAACAUUUUUAUGGCUGACUUAGAACAACGCUUCCUCAGCUCUCAUCCUUUAGUGCCCCUCCUCUACUUGCGCUACAUUGAUGACAUCUUCAUCAUAUGGACCCAUGGAAAGGAGGCCCUUGAAGAAUUCCACCUGGACUUCAACAAUUUCCACCCCACCAUCAACCUCAGCCUGGACCAGUCCACACAAGAGAUCCACUUCCUGGACACUACAGUGCAAAUAAGUGAUGGUCACAUAAACACCACCCUAUACCGGAAACGUACUGACCGCUAUACGUACCUACAUGCCUCCAGCUUCCAUCCAAGACACAUCACACGAUCCAUUGUCUACAGCCAAGCCCAAAGAUACAACCGAAUUUGCUCCAACCCCUCAGACAGAGACAAACACCUACAAGAUCUUUAUCAAGCAUUCGUAAAACUACAAUGCCCACCUGGGGAAGUGAGGAAACAGAUUGACAGAGCAAGACGGGUACCCAGAAAUCACCUACUACAGGACAGGCCCAACAAGGACAAUAACAGAACACCACUGACCAUCACAUACAGCCCCCAGCUAAAACCUCUCCAGCGCAUUAUCCAUGAUCUACAACCUAUCCUGGAAAAUGAUCCCUCACUCUCACAGACCUUGGGAGGCAGGCCAGUCCUCGCUUACAGACAACCCCCCAAUCUGAAGCAAAUACUCACCAGCAACUACACACCACACCACUGCAGAGACUGCAGAGCUAGAAUUGAUAUGCAAACUAGACACAAUCAACUCCGGUUUGAAUAAGGACUGGGAAUGGCUGAGCCAUUACAAACAUUGACUCUAUCUCCCCUUUUCCAAACUGCCCUGGUCUCUGUGACCCUCUCUUCGGUACCUUCCCUCUGACUGGACGUGGGGAGCAGAAGGAUGGAGCACUGUGGACCCUUGUCAAAGACCGAGCCUGUUCAGGGAAGAGGCCAGUGAGCUGCAGUCUGACCAUCAUAGCUGCCAAGCGCCUGGACCUGUUGCUGCGAGAUUGGCAGCUCUCUGGAGCCUACGGCGCGGACGCGGGGCAGGAGUAUCUUGGAGAAAUCACACAGGAGCUGGAGGUCUCUACUGAGCAGCCCCUGGUGUUGGAAGCCCUGAGGGCAAGCGGCACCCGGUGCUCUCUAUUGCCCCACCCUGGCACUCAGUUCACCAGGAGCAGGGCAGGGACACCAGAUGGGCGUCUCCCGAUAUUGGAAGACCCAACGCUACGACUUCUCCUCACCCAUGAAGAUGGCUGAGGCGUUUGCAGUGAUGAGACAGGAGUUAAACAGGAGAGCAGUAGAAGCCACCAGGAGGGAAUAUGACCAAUUUGUGCAGGAGCUGGACCGUGACCACCAGAGCAUGAGCAGCUGCCUGAGGGUGAAGCCCCUGGAGAUGCAGCGACGCCUGGAGGGGAAACGCCAGGAGCUGCUGGAGCGCUGCUGGGGGGAGCUGCGGGGCGAGGACCCCCAGAAACAGGCGGCCCUGGAGGAGCUGAAGAAGGAGCUGGACAAGCAGAUGGCGGAGUUCCUGCCGCGAUAUGAACAGCGCUUUAAAAUGGCAGCGAUGAUAGAGGAGGAAAACAGAAAGGCAGUAGAAGCCUCCAGGAGGAAAUAUGAACAAUUUGUGCAGCAGCUGGACCGUGACCACCAGAGCAUGCACCGCUGCCUGAGUGUGAAGGCUGCGGAAAUGCAGCGACGCCAGGAGGGGAAACGUCAGGAGCUGCUGGAGCGCUGCCAGGGGGAGCUGCGGGGCGAGGACCCCCAGAAACAGGCGGCCCUGGAGGAGCUGAAGGAGGAGCUGGACAGGCACAUGGACGAGUUCCUGACGGCCUAUGGGCAGCGCUUUAAAAUGGCGGAGAUGGCAGAGAUGAGAGAGAAGGCAAACAGAGGAGCAGUAGAAGCUGCCAGGAGGGAAUAUGGACUAUUUGUGAAGCAGCUGGACCGUGGCCACCACAGCAUGAGCAGCUGUCUGAGAGUGAAGCCCCUGGAGAUGAAGCGACGCCAGGAGGGGAAACGCCAGGAGCUGCUGAAAUGCUGCCGGGGAGAACUGCGGAGCGAGGACCCCCAGAAACAGGCGGCCCUGGAGGAGCUGAAGCAGGAGCUGGACAAGCAGAUGGACGAGUUCCUGUCGGCCUACGGGCAGCGCUUUAAAGUGAAGAAGGCCGAGUGGUUGGGCCUGUACAUUGGGCCAUCGCCAGCUGCCACCGCGUGCCGGGUACGGGCUCGCCCUCACUGGCCCGCGCACCUGCCAAUCAGCAAACGGCUCCGGCCCAUUGGCUGCCCCUUCAGGAGGUGGGACGGGGGAAGCAAGAGAUUCUGGGACUUGUAGUUUUAUGUAGCCAGUGGAGGAGAAGGGGGAGCUAUGGCGCUUAUGGGGCGGGGGGUCUAGUGGUUAGACCAGAGCCCUGGGGUAGCAGGGGGCUCCGGGGGCUAUUUAAAGUGCCGGGGCUCCAGCUACCUCUGCUGCCUUGGUCCUCUAAAUAGCCGCGAGAGCCCCACAGCUUCCCCAGGGCUCCGGCAGCUAUUUAAAGGGCCAAGGUGGUAGAAGCAGGGGGGCCCCUGCCCUACCUGCAGCCAGCCCCUGCUGCACCCCCUGCCCUGCCUCCAGCCCCACACCCCCUGCCCCCACCAGCCCGUCUCCAGCCAGCCCCUGCCUGCAGACAGCCCCUGCUGCACCCCGUGCCCUGCCUCCAGCGCCGCACCCCCUGCCCUGCCCGCAGCCAGCCCCAAACCCCUUGCCCUGCCUCCAGGCAGACCCUAUCUCCAGUCAGCCCCUGCCCUGCCUCCAGCUAGCAAUGUAUGUAAUAUAAAAUUUUUAUUUUAUUUAUAUAGUUAUGGAAAGUAAAUAAUACAUGGAAGAAAUAAAAGGGUGUUUUUUA